GGGGUGGAGGGAAGAAAUGUGGCGUGUGCCAGAAGGCGGUGUACUUCGCCGAGGAGGUGCAGUGUGAAGGCAGCAGCUUCCACAAGUCCUGCUUCUUGUGCAGUGAGUACCGCCCUGCCCUCCCCGCUCCCUGCCAGCGGGGCGCCUGUCUGUGUCCUCUCUGUGGGCCUUUUAAACAUUUAUGGGCUGUGUCAACACUCACCGGGUUUCCCCUACAAGCAGCUGGGCUGCAGGAGCUGUAUGGAGGCGUUCUGCUGUCCUCCAGGCUGAAGGAACACGGAUCAGCCUGGAGCACCACGGGAUGUCAGGGCUGAGCUUAGCCAGCGUCCAUCCUGCAUCCCUGCACCGGGGAAAGUUGAGGUCGUGUCCCCGGAGCUGCCUCAGAUGCUGAAAGCUGGAGCACGAGAUGGGCGCUCCCACCAGGCAGGAGGUGGCACAUUGCAUAAUGCUGGCCCUGGGCCUCUGCAUUGCUUUGCUGGCAGCUGGGGGAUGGGCUGCCCUGUGUCUGGUGGGAGACGGCCUCCAGGAGCCAAAACAUCAGGCAGGAGGCAUUGCUCGGGGAAGGGAAGGAGCUCAGUGCCAUGGGGAAGGGAGAAGGCUGUCCCACAUCUGCUCAUGGGAGCGCAUCACCAAGGAGAGGGCCGCAACAUGGGCCGCCAUCCUCCUGCUUUGCAGAGGGACCUCAUCCUGCUCCUCGUGUAGCUGGGGCUCCUCCCCAGCCCUGCUCCUUGGCCCCGUGCUGCUGAGCUGCUCUGAGCUCCUCUAGCUUCCCCAGCACUGCUCUCGGGCCCCAUCGGGAAUGUGAAGCCACUAUCUUUAGGAGAGAAAAACAAACACUGGGAGCUGAUUUGCCAAGGAAAUAAUCAGAAAGGAGCCAAACCUACCACAGUGCAUUAAACUGGGGAUCAGCUCCGGGAGUGAGUGCUGAUUGACUGCAUGGCGUUGGUCCAGCUAAGGCAACAGUACAAGCAGAAGUGUGAUGCAAGGAGGCUGCCUGGCCUCAGAGCAGCAGCAGCUCUCGUCUGGUCGUCCUGUGGGGUGGCUCAGCUGUUCUUAGGAAAACAAAAGGUCCUUCAUGCGAUGAGUGCGGUGUGCUGGAAUUUCUGCAAUGCAGAAACCGGGGGCUGAUUUCUAGGAAGCAGAUUGGGAAGGAAUGUUUUUGUUGCGUGACAGCGGUUGGGGCAGACGAGGAGCAGGGGAAGCACGGACUGAAGGCUGCACCCACCCAGCGUGGGGGGAGAGGAAAGCAGAUGCCAUCAGCAUCACCACCGUUAGGACAAAGCCCUUUGGACCCGCUGCUGUCAGCCCCCACACUCCAUCCCUGAAUGCAGAACUGUCCCUACUUGGCUCUGCGCUGCUGCAGGGAUACCCCACUGCCAACCCAUCUCUCGGACACCCACUCUGAGCCAUGGGAUGGGAUCCCAACCCCCAUCCAGGGGAUGGGGAGCAUACAGUGAGCACAGGGCCCUGCCAGCCCUCCUUAGAUGGCCACAUGUUUCCUUCCCACCUCCUCCUGCCAGCAGUGCGUGGGGUUGCCUGCGGCCACGCAGGAGAAGCACCAUAUUUAGUAAUAGGGCCGAGGAACGCUGCCUCUCGCCCCCGUAUUGAGUGCACUGAGGGAGCACUGCGCUGUGUUUGCAUUCCUGUGAUAUUGGUAAAGGGCAAGGAACUUUCCUGCUGGCGAGGAGCGAAACGGGCUGCUGGGAGCGGCGACAUUUAAGGUGUGUGAGCGGGAUGGGGAUGGCUGUGGUGCAGCUGUAACAGGACCUGCUUUGGCGCUGGCUGCCAGUGCUGUGGACUCUGCCUUGGGCGUCAUGCUCCGGCUGGGGCAGGUAAACACCGGAGAUUGCUGUGAGCCCCCGGUUGUUUGCUGCUCCCCUCCCAUCACUGUGUGCCAGGAAGGGCUGGGAGCCGACGUGGAGGAUGAGAUCAGAAUGGGACGGGAGCCCAAGCGUGGUCUGUAAGAAGAACUUGGACAGCACCACCGUUGCUGUGCAUGGAGAUGAGAUCUACUGCAAGUCCUGCUAUGGCAAGAAGUACGGCCCCAAGGGCUAUGGGUAUGGGAUGGGCGCCGGGACCCUGAGCACCGACAAGGGCGAGUCUCUGGGAAUCAAAUACGAAGAGGGCCAAUCCCACCGACCCACCAACCCGAACGCAUCCAGAAUGGCCCAGAAAGUUGGUGGCUCUGAUGGGUGCCCGCGCUGCGGCCAAGCGGUGUAUGCAGCCGAGAAGGUGAUCGGAGCUGGAAAGUCCUGGCACAAGUCCUGCUUCCGCUGCGCCAAGUGUGGCAAGAGCCUGGAGUCCACCACCCUGGCAGACAAAGAUGGGGAGAUCUACUGCAAAGGUUGCUACGCCAAGAACUUCGGGCCCAAAGGCUUUGGCUUCGGGCAGGGGGCCGGGGCGCUCAUCCACUCGCAGUGAGGCACCAGGAGCCGGGCUCUGCUCCCCCUGGGCUCCUGCAGCCCAGCCCUGGGCUUCCACACGCAGCAGCGAGCUCCCUCACCUCCUCCAUCCCCGCCUGCUGCUUCGCGGCACCAGCGCCUUCCCCUGCCCCGACCCAGCGCUCCCCGAAGCUGCGGGAGCCCCAUUGCCACCACGGGUCCCCGGCACGGGCACACAGCUCGCUCCCACCCGCAGUGAGGCCCGCAGCGUUCCGCUCCACGUCGCCCGUCCCGCCGGGAUGAGCCGCGCUGCGCCGCGUCACCGAGCAAAGGAAUAAACAUCAAAGCUGACCCAAAGCAUUGCCCGAGGGGUUGUUCCCCAGCGGGGGUGCGCGGUUGAAGCAGGAGCUCAGGAUGGAGCGGGAGGACGGGGAGCGGUGCGGUCGCGGCUCGCAGUUAAAGCGGAGGGGCGCUCCCUGCGGCUCUGCAGCCCGCUCUGCCCCCCCCGUGUGACCAUUUCCAAAGCAGCGUUUCCUUCCUGCCCUAUCCAAACCCAUCGGCGCUGCUCCGCGGUGCUGCUCCGGGCAGCCGUGCCCAGCAGUGCUAACAGCUCAGAGCUUCUCACCUCCUCCCGGGUUGGGUAUUUUUUUGUGCUGGAUUCUGAUCCGCCAGCCUGGCAGCUCCCCAGGUUUAAUUUGUUUUCACUGAAACACUUUGCUUUCCA